CUUUGUUAAACCGUUCUGAAGGUUUGUGCUUGUGUUCAGUUUGAAAAGAUGUCGGCUAAAAGAGGCUUCGGUAACACAGAGUACUUAAAAAAGAAAGUUCCACAGAAUCCAAAAUACCAGCAUGUAAAAACAAGGCUUGAUACAGGCAACAGCUUGAGCAAGUACAUGGAAAAAGUGGAAGAGAUCAAAAAAAAUUACAGAUAUAAGAAAGAUGAACUGUUCAAAAGGCUUAAAGUGACAACAUUUGCUCAGUUGGUCAUCCAGGUAGCUUCAGUAUCAGACUUGAAUGAUGGUGAAAAUAAUGAGGAGUUAUGUAGGCUAGAUGACAACAAUUCAGUGCUGUCUGGCACAGAUGCAGAACUGCUUUCAGAAAGAACCAAUGGAAAGGGAGGCCCUGAGGGGACACUGCAGGCUACACCAGUGCAGCUCAUUGAUAACCAUAAUGAUUCAGGAGAAACUGAACUUUCAUCAAGGUCAACACUUCAAAGUGUAAUAAGUGGCGUUGGAGAGAUGGAUCUAGAUAAGACAUCACAGAAGAAUGUAAACAGUACACCAGCUUCAAGCCCAAGGAUCACAGAUAAACCAUACACUGACUGCCCCUACUUGCUGCUAGAUGUUAGGGACAAAGAUGAGUAUGAACAAUGCCAUAUAAUUGGAGCAUACAAUUACCCCAUUGCAACACUGUCCCGGACGAUGAACCCGUACACAAAGGAAGUGCUGGAAUAUAAAAAUGCUUCUGGCAAGAUAAUUAUUCUUUAUGAUGAAGACGAGAGAGUUGCCAGCCAGGCCGCCACCACGAUGUGUGAAAGAGGAUUUGAGAAUCUGUUCAUGCUUUCAGGAGGGUUAAAAGUGAUAGCUCAGAAGUUCCCAGAAGGUCUGACAACUGGUUCAUUCCCACCAUUGUGCCCACAAUCAGUUCCACCAACACCUGGUCGCAAACGCUCUACUCCAAGACAACCAUCAUACCCUGCUGAAAAUAAGUGGAAAUUUACUUCUGAAGAUCUGAACAAAAUACAGUAUUACUUGGAAGAUAUGCUAAUUCCUACAAAUACCAACAGUCGUUUGAGUCGUCUUUCAGUGGGAAGUGCACAGUCAAAGGCAUCUAGUGCAAGAGGCAGCUACGCUCCAUCUGUUGCUGGUUCAGACAGCGCCCGGACACAAAGCAGCGCUAGACAUUGGAAAUGACAAAUGUUUUGACUAGAAUAAAUGUUACUGUGUCAGAUGUCACCAGAAUAUUAUUUCAGCAUCAGAUAUAUUCUUUAAAUAUAGACGGAUACCUACAGUAAAUGUUAAGAUCCACUUUAAAAAAAAAAAAAAAAAAAAACAUUUUAAUCCGAAUAUAAAUCCAUCAGAUUAUGGUAGCAUACAUAAACGGUGCCAGGUGAGUGAUUAACAGCUCAUUUACUGAAUGUAGGUGUGUGCCGUGCAGCGUCUUACAAGUUGUACGUUUUACGUGAUCAAUAAAUUUGCUGCUAUGUAUGCUGAAGUGGCCCGCUUCACUCUCUAGAUCACUUAGUACAGUCCAUGGUGAUAUAUUAUUAAAUUAAAGAAUGUGCAUAACUGGUGUCAUUUUUAGGGAAGAUUAGAAAACAAAAAGACUGACCCAGAAGAAUCAAAACUUUAUUUUUGCUAAAUACUGUACCUGAGCUACUAUAACUACAAAAAAUGAUUGUAGGGAAAAACUUUAUUCUAGAAAGGCAUAUGCAAACUUUAAAGAGAAUCAAACCAAAUCAUUUGAUGUCUUGCACCUAAUGCCAUUGAUCACUGUUUCAUGAGAUUUAGCAGCAAUUAAUUGAUAACUGCUGCUCUAAGUGCAAGUAUUUUUUACAGACGUUGGUGUUAGAGUACUGUAUCUGAAAUCCUAGAUAACUAAUGGUGGAAAAACACAGUGAUAUGAUACAUACUAACUUCAGAUUUAAUAAAGACAUUUGUGGUUUGUAUAUCCACAGUAUUAAAACAUGUUUGAAAGGAAUGAUAUUUUUAUAUGUAUGUUGUCUAAGAUUACAUUUAAUAAUUGCUUCACAAAUGGGACCGAUCAUGAUGUCUGUAGCAGUGGGAGGGAGUUCUUUGAAGACUUGAGGGCAGGCUUUCAAAACUCCUGGAAGCUCAUUGUUAAGCUUCCUAUUCUGAAUAAUAAUCUAUCGUGAAUGCAUACAGUCUGACAGGAAUGAAAUAACAGUACAGUUAGAAAAAUCACUUUACAGUAUAUAAAACAACUGUCUAUUUGAAGAGCUAGUGGAACAGAAGUCAAUCGUUUUUUAAAAGACUAGAGACAGUGUACAUUGUGUCGAUUUUAGUACUCUGACAACCAGUAUUUUACUUAUUUGAAACUGCCUUCUGGUAAUAAAAUCUUAUUAUAAAUGUUACUAAAAGCAGUACAAAUCUUCAUUUGCAGUUUAACUUGAUUAGAUUUAAGCUUAUGUUACAUGCUUGUCUAAAAUAAAAAUAAAAACUUGGAUCACUUGCCUUUUAAUUUAGUUUUUUAGUUAUAAAAUUGUCUUAACUUUUAGAUGGCUAUUAUGAAACAUUGCAUCUAAAAUACAUUGAUGUUGUUUCCCCAGUAUGUUUAAUGUUUCUGGUACAUACUAUGAUUUAUUGGGUAGCAAAAGUGUUUCUAUUAUUUAAGGUAUUAUGUAAUAUAAUAAAGCAUGUAGAGGUACAUUGUGUACAAUAGUCUUGUAAAAUGAUUUGAUGUAGCUUUGCGAGUGUUAUAGUUAGUAAUCUUUGUUUUGUCAACAUAUAUAUAUCUCCAUCCAUCUCCAUGUUUCCUGUUCACAAGUGUGACUCUUGCAGCACUGAUGAUGUUGGGCUGGCUGGUAAGAGCAAUUUUUAACUGGCUGCUGGGAGCUGUUUGUGCUUAUAAAGGGUCCUGAUACUGCAAUAACCCAUGUCUUUAUAAUGCUCAUUCUAGGGAAGCUGGUUAUUGUAAUGGAAUUUCUUUUGCUUUUGCCAGAACCAAAUGUAAUCAAUCUAACAGAUGCUGCCAAAUUUUAUGGAUUCGCUACCCAAUAAGUGCAUUGGCCUUACUGUGUAGACAAGACGAUGUCUAACAACAAGGUUUUCUAUUAAAGUGUGUCAUUUGUCAUUUGUGUGACUAGUGGAAUGGCUAUCAUUAGCUUUCAUUGGGAUUCAGGUGAUUAAAGAAAUGUCACACAAUGACUGGUUUUGUUGGAAGAGAUUGGUGCAGCAUAGACUUUUAAAAUCCAAAUUAGAGAAGGUGUGCUUUGCAAUAACUCCUAAACUAGCAUAACCUCUCCACUAAAAAAUCCACUUUUACACUGUAGUGUAUGCUUUAUUAUUGCUGAAAGCUGUUAAAUUCUUACUAUCUAAUUGAUUGGUAAUACCAUUCAUGUUUGUGUUCAUCUAUUCCAUAAAAAUAUUUUCCAGGCAGAAACAGUA